AUGCUUUUCACCGUUAAAAGUUUAUUUUUACCGUCUCCGCAAAAGACUUUGCCAAUUUUAAAAAAUUUAUCAAGAAAUGCAUCUUCCUCUGCAUCUGCUUCUUUUGAAACAAAACCUUAUAAACUUCACAAGCUAGACAAUGGACCAUCAACUAAUAUAACAAUUGAUAGAAAUGAAGCUCUUAAAUUUUACACAGAAAUGAAUACAAUUAGGAGAUUAGAAGCUGCAGCUGGUAGUUUAUACAAGGAAAAAAUUGUCAGAGGGUUUUGCCAUUUAUAUUCAGGACAGGAAGCUUGUUGUGUAGGCAUGAGAGCUGCCAUGAGAAGUCAAGAUGGAAUUAUAACAGCCUACAGAGAUCAUGGUUGGGCUUAUAUAAUGGGAAUAUCAAUCAAAGAAAUAUUAUGUGAACUUACAGGAAAAAAAUUAGGCUGUGCAAGAGGUAAAGGAGGAAGUAUGCAUAUGUACUGUGACAAGUUUUUCGGUGGAAAUGGAAUCGUCGGUGCUCAGGUGCCUUUGGGAGCUGGUGUUGCCUUUGCUUAUCAAUAUUUAAAUACAGGAGGAGUUUGCAUAGCUCUUUACGGAGAUGGAGCUGCGAAUCAGGGCCAAGUAUUUGAAGCAUAUAAUAUGUCUGCUUUAUGGAAAUUACCUGUAAUAUAUGUAUGCGAAAAUAAUGGCUAUGGAAUGGGAACAAGCGCAGAGAGAGCUUCUGCAUCUACUACAUAUUACAGUAGAGGAGAUUAUAUUCCUGGAAUUUGGGUUGAUGGUAUGGAUGUACUUGCUGUUAGAGAAGCGACAAGAUUUGCCAUAGAUCAUUGCUGUGCAGGAAAGGGCCCUUUGGUAAUGGAAGUAGCAACUUAUAGAUAUAGCGGUCAUUCAAUGUCAGAUCCAGGUACAAGUUAUAGGACUAGAGAAGAAGUUCAAGAAGUUCGACAAACUAGAGAUCCAGUAACGUCUUUCAAAGAAAAAAUAAUAAAUGCAGGAUUGGUCACACUCGAUGAAUUAAAAACGGUAGAUGAAGGUGUACAAAUAGCCAAAGCAGAAAAAGAAGUAGAUCCUACCGAACUGACAGCCGAUAUUUAUUCUGAACCUUUAGAAAAUGAAAUAAGAGGAACCAUUGUAUUCAACAAACAUCCACAUUUGCGAAUUGGAAAAGCCGUUAAUAAAUGA